AAAUAACCAAAUUUUCAAACAAAUUUUUGUCAAAGAAUUUUCAGCAACUGUUUAUCACAGAUGCUUGAAAUUUUUACACAGUCCUUAAAUGUUAGGGGGAAAAAACUCAAAUUUAUGAUUUAAUACUAUAAAUUUCAUAUGCAGGAAAAAAGUCUCAAAGAUUUGAUUAUGGAAAAUAAAGGGAAAGAAGCAACAGCAUAUCCCAUGGGAAAAUUGAAUGUGGUUGUUGCCAAAGUUGGACACACUGCAAACUUCACUGGCAGCAGUGGAACGAAGGGAAGCAUGUUGAACUUCAGCAUAGCCGAUAAAACGGAUUGUAUGCUGGCCACAUUGAGUGACGAAAACCAGAUGAUGAAGAUCAGAGAAGGCAAAACCAUGCAGUUAAGAAAUUUCCUUGUGAAAGGAAAUAGGGUUGUCUUAUUUACCCAUUCAAAGAUCAUGUGUGCGCCUCAUCUUAAUCUGACGAAAGAGCAGACAGAUAAAGCUGUGCUGCUCAUAACACCAACUUCACCUUCCAAAACAAUUAGAGAGGCUCUGGAUAUGACCAUAACGGGUAUUAUAUCAGUACAAGGACAGGUUAUUCGGGUAAGUGAGGCAGUAAAACUUGUUCAAGUAGGCCACCAAGAAACCAAAAUAAGAACUGUUAGCUUAAAAGAGCAGGGACACUCCAUGGAGGUGACUCUGUGGAGAAACCUAGCAGAAACCGACUUAAAAGUUGGAGAUUUCGUAGAAGUUACUCAUUGCCUAGUGUCUGCACCCUCUGCGAGUUUACGCCGAACCAAUUCACCUUCUGCUAGAUUUAGCGAUGGCAGUAAGAAAUCAACAGUUUUUCCACUAACAGAAGAAAAGUUCCAACGAAGGACAAUUUUUUUGUUAACAGAAAUCAGAGACCUGCUACAGUUGAUACAACAGAUGACAUAAAUUUAUUUGAGAACAACCUGGAAGACAAGGACUUUAAAAUGAAAAUGAAAAAUCUUUUGAUGUAAGUUGGGGGUUAUGAUGAAGCUGACUCUGUAAAGAAGUGUAUGCAGAGGUAAAAAAAAUCAUUUUUAUUUUUCUCUUGGGGGAAGGGGAGGACUGGAAUUCAAUGCCAUCUCAAUUUUCAUAUAUGAUGUUUUCCUACUACAUAUGUCUAUUAAAUGCAUUGAUGGCUAAAAUUAAUGUUCGAGGAAAUAAUGUUUUUGAAUUAAUGUGUGUGAUGGUUCGCUCUAUGAGGAUACAGCGCCAGCGAAUUCUCUCCAACACUCCAUUCACUAUGAACCGAUAAGCGAAGAUGAGGAUUGGUUGUCAAUUAACUCAGAAAUGUAAAGAGAACUUUUGGCUUCAACAAACAGGGAAAAGAUGGACGCUAUGGUGGACAAGAUACUGGAGUGUGCGAGCCCAGAGUCCAUGAUCCCAUUGAAGAAUGACCACAAUGUUAACGUCGCUGAAGAUGACGACUCUGAGUGCUCCGUUGAUCCGGAUCCAGCGAUAAUUCCGCCGACAUCGAGAACUGUUACGGAAACAGUUACAUAAAGAUGACUAACAGUUAUUUUAAAGAUGACGAAAAGGGCCGUAACAUAUAAAGACGGCAAAACAGAAAUUCUGCAAGAGACUGAAAUAUCUCAUUCAGAUACUAUUCCCGCAAAAGACCUUGAUGUUUUCAAAUUCGCCACUGACGUCCUAAGCGAAAUUCCAGAACAUUUUCAA